CACUAACCGGAAGUGCCACUGCAAGCUGACGCUGCCUCCAUUUGAGCCAACCCUCUACUACUGCUGCUGGUUUAUAGCUAAGAGAGACACAAAUCAAACUAAACCAAACAAUAUAUAGACCGAUUCAAAUGGCCGGGACGGCUUCAGUAGCUGGCGAAGUGUUCGUCGAUGCUUUGCCGUAUUUUGACCAAGGUUACGACGCAGCAGGAGUCCGAGAAGCGGCUGCAGCGUUGGUGGAGGAGGAGACCAGAAGAUACCGACCUACCAAGAACUACCUGAGCUACUUGCUCACACCUGACUUCACUACUUUUGAGACAGAAAUUAUGAGGAAUGAAUUUGAACGGCUGGCGGCUCGUCAACCCAUGGAUCUCCUGAGCAUGAAGAGAUAUGAGCUGCCAGCGCCCUCAUCAGGACAAAAGAAUGACAUCACAGCGUGGCAGGAGUGUGUUAACAACUCAAUGGCCCAGCUAGAGCACCAGGCGGUCCGCAUAGAGAACCUGGAGAUCAUGUCGCAGUAUGGAACCAACGCAUGGAAAGUCUACAACGAUAACUUGGCCUUCAUGAUUGAGAUGGCUCAAAAGGAACUUCAGAAAUUCAGGAAGCAAAUUCAAGAUUUAAACUGGCAGCGUAAGAAUGAUCAGUUAGCAGGAGGAGCCAAACUGCGAGAGCUGGAGUCAAACUGGGUGUCUCUGGUCAGUAAAAACUUUGAGAUCGAGCGGGCCAUCGUCCAGCUGGAGAACGAAGUGACUCAGCUCAGACAACAGCAGGGGGACGAGAACAAAGAGAACAUCCGACAGGACUUCUAAAGCAGCAGCAACUUUCACCCUCGUAACACUGAUCCAAAAACUGAUGAUCCCUCAAUCAGAAAGAUGUCAUUUUGUUUCAUUAGCUGACUGCACUGAGAAGCAACCUGAUUGAGGAGAUUUCAUGUGAAACUGCAUCAUCAGGUUACUUAGACAUUCAGAAGGAGUGGUCCACAAACCUCAGUGACAACACACAUUUUACGCCUCUAUUCUAGAAGUGGUGGGAUGUGGUAUAAUGCAACUUUUGGAUCCUACCUUUCACAGAUUUUUAAAGCGAGAUUAUGUAUGGCUGAUAGAAGACAUUCAUUUUACAAAUGGAAAGUUGAAUUCAUAAGCAAUAAGUCACAACUGCUCACCCAGUAGCUUAUGGUGGCUAAUGCUAGCAAGCUUUUCUUCUGUUAUACUAGGAUUUUAACACAUGUGACAUUAUUCAGAAGAAGUUACGUAAUCUCGCUUUAAAGUUUGAUUUAUACCAGCAUGUAGAUUUCAGUCUACCACCAGGUGUGUUUAGAAUUUAUUGUACAUAGUUUGUCAAGUCUGUCGGAGACAUUAUCUCUGUGAGCCCUGCCUUGACUUCAUCUCCUUUUUUUUAUGCUGUUUUAAUAAAAUAAAAAUUUCUUGUA